CUCUGUGUCUCAUCUGUUACUGAAGUUGAUACCUGAAAUAGAGGACUCUGUGGAUGGCCAACAGAAGCAGCAGAAUGUGUUUUGCUCCCUCUCUCCCUGCUGCCAUUGUUCUCCUUCUAAUUCUUGGAGUUUUUCCAGACUCCUGUAAGGGAAUCAUAGGAGGAAAGGAAGUUCCAUCUCAUGCCAGACGCUACAUGGCUCUAAUCAAAGGACUGGAUAACUGUGCAGGGACUUUGAUCAAAGAAAACUGGGUGCUGACAGCCGCUCACUGUAACUUGAAGGGCAAGUCCCAAAUUAUUCUUGGGGCCCACACUGCAUCUCAGAAAGAGAAACUGGAACAAGUAUUUUCCAUUAAGAAGGCAAUUUCUUAUCCAUGCUAUGAUCCAGAAUCCUUUCAAGGGGAUCUUCAACUUCUGCAGCUGAAUGGUAAAGCAACUAUAACCAAAGCUGUGGGAAUCCUUCCAAUACCAAAAAAAGAAGAAGAUGUCAAACCCCACACCAAGUGUCGUGUGGCAGGAUGGGGAAGUACCAAAAAAGACUCAUGCACAGUCUCAAAUGUCUUGAGAGAGGUCAAUGUCACUGUGAUUGACAGAAGAGUUUGCAAUAGUGCAGAGCACUAUAAUUUUAAACCUAUCGUUCAGAACAACAUGAUCUGUGCUGGUGGCAGGAACGGUGAAGACGAUUCAUGUGCAGGGGAUUCUGGAAGCCCUCUGAUAUGUGAUAACAUCUUUAGAGGUGUCACUUCCUUUGGGAAGUGUGGUAAUCCCAAGAAGCCUGGAGUCUACAUUCUUCUUACAAACAAAUAUCUCAGCUGGAUACAGAAAACCAUUGCCGGAGUCAUAUGACACCCUUCCUUCAAAACACACCCCUGAUGUAGCUGCCCAGGGGUAAAGCAAAGGGGUUUAAACUUGACCAAUUCCAAGAAGCUCUGGGCAGUCCUAAACUCUCUGCACCCACCACAGCCUGUCUGAUGCAGUCAGCAAUGAAAGAAACAGCUUCCUGCCUGCCCUGCUCUAUGAUUCCCCAAGACCACAGCUUUACACUUAACUCUCUCUCCAUGGCAACAGAGAACCUUAAAAAGAUCCUCAGUUCAGAGAUGCUUUGCUUUGCUCAGAAUUUGAGGACUCUCACUUUCUUGUGCGCACUUAAUUCCAGGAAAAAUAUUCCUCAUUCUUCCAAAUUUGUAUGGCCCUUAGAAUUUAUAACUUGAGCUGCUAUUCUGUAUGGAAGUUCAGGGACAGAUGGAAAGUUUCUUCCUAUGUGUUUUUGUGGGUUUUAAUUUUUUUUUAACAAAAAAAUGUAAAGACAAUUGGAAAGAUCAGUGUGUUUAGAUAUUUGAAAUUUUGAAGUUUGAGGCCAGGUAUAGUUCAAGGUAAUUGCAUCACAUCGUAAUUACAGGUAGACCAAAGUUUCAUAUGCUAGCAGGCCUCUGUUCAGCCAGCAUGCUGUUGUGCACUACACCAAAAAUGGUCAACUUACGCAUGCAGGCAUUAAGUUUACUUCAGUGAUAUUCUUAAAGAAUCAUGUUUUAUAACAAGAAAGUGACUUCUUUAUCAUCUACCUAUGCUUUUUCUCA